UCUUGAUAAGGCCAUGAUUAAGAAAAAACAUUUAUAAAUCAUGAAUAAUGAUGAGUAAGAGGCAACAAACAUUCUAACAAACAUUAUCAAUACCAAUAACAGGGGAGCAUAACAUUUUAAUGAUAAAUGCUUGCCCCAAAUUUGAAACUCACACGCAUCCGAUGUAUGUCGGUUAGGCUCACGCUUCUCUAAAUCAAGUUCCUCACAUGUACACACCCCGAUGGCCUCCAGUGACUAUCAGCUCAACAGUUCUUUAGGAGGUAUGAUCCUUAUGCCUCUGUAACCUUUUAAUUCACGGUUCAUUCAUAAUUACCCAUAAUCCUGGUAGCAUCUACAUGCAUGUAGCCGUGUUCAUAAACAUUUUCUAUUCUUACUUAGAAGAAAAUUGACACCAAAAUGACACAAAACAUUAUUCACCACUCUUUUAGUUCCUAUUGGUCAAGGUCACACCAAUCAGUAUUAUAUCAGCCUAUCAACAAUAGAAUUCCCAGGACAUUCAGUGUAGGACCCCAGCACAGGCAGGCAAGAUGACAGAAACAUGCUUUCCCUACCAUGACGAGCACUCCUACUCCUCCUCCUGUGGUCACACACCUUUGCUGUCUGAUAUUUUACUGUGCGUACAUCUAAAAGUAAGUGCCUGAAUAUGUUUAUGUCUUGUUGAUUUCGGAGUUUAAGAUUGCCUAUUGUUGUAAUCAACAUUUGUGGGGAUUGUUAGCUAGCUCGCUAGCGUUAGAAUUUCCAUUCAGAAUGCAUUAGUACUUAGCAUUCCUGUUAGCGAUAAACCACAGUUCACAUGAGUGCUGCGAGGCUAUUUUCUGUGUACACUGCUCAUGGUUAAUGUGUUCAUGUUGUGUAGACGUACUUACAAAACUGCAUUGUUUACAUUAGUAUAUUUACCAUUUCUACAAGUUCCAUAGCCUGUGAGGUUGUCAUGUGAACACACAUUUCCUGUUAUAUAACAAGAAGCCUGUGCUAGCUUGUUAGUCAUGCAUACAGUAUCAGUGCUAUAGUUUGAUUCUGAAAACAAAGAGGUAAAACAAUCAUUGUUAGACACCAUUACUGUAAGAGUGGUGUUGUAUUUGUGUGUGUGUAUCAUAAUUGAAACCUCCUGGAACUGAAAUACUGCUUCCUCGUGUUCUGGACGGACACCCUGUGGUGGUUGCUACUGGCCUAAAACCAGCGCCUACGUUUCCCCACCUAUUUUUCCUGGUCCUUUCGAGCCGGAUCCAGUAACUGCUACAGCCCAAGGAUGCCAGUUAACAGAGAAGAUCCUCGACAAGAUGUGGUCCAUCUGCACCGACCAGCUAGCCUGUCCACAAUAUCUUGAAAAGUAUGGCAUGGCUACGAGUCAAGGAACAGAUUACCACACACAUACACUUACCACUCCUACGAGGGAGAGCAGCUAGACGGUUCUCUUGAGCACUCAAGACAUGACAUACUGCCUUCAAAAUAGCCUUCUUCCCCUUCAACGACUCAUCACCGGUCUAAGUCACCACCAAGGCUGACCAGCAGAAUAGAGCCUCAGCCUUUUCACCAAGUGCUAAUUCACCGGGUUCCCACCUCAAGCUAACCUCGACCAGAGAUCGCCAAGAUCAGGGCCGAACCUCGACCAGAGAUCCUGAGGAUCAGCAUCGAACCUCGACCAGAUAUCACCGGGAUCAGCGUAGACCUGAGCGUGGACUGCCAUUGACAACCGGAGAGCACGCACUGUGUUAACACAGCCAGUGUAACGAGAUUGAUGCGCUCAUAGAAGUGGUCAGGAAGAUGGAAGGUUCCUACAGUCCACCAUUGCCAGUACUUACCUGAUGGACACUGCCAGUUGUCACCUGACUGUCUCAGCAGUCAUCUCCUCUUACAACUGAAAGGUGUCUUAGAGGGGUGGAACAGGGACCUGGGCCACCAACCUGCCCAAAAACAUGACAUCCCAGAGAUUGUCAUGCAACAGAUACUGCAACAGAAGCGCCAGAUCGAGGUUCUGCAGCACCAGCACGGCCAACUCCACGAAGCCAGAAGUUGCUUGAGAAGCUACAGCCUUCCACAUCAGCUUCACCAUCAGCCUUGGUCUUGGAUCCAACCCUUGCUGUGGACUCCCUCACAGCGGAGAUACAGCAUUCUCCAGGACCUAUCAGAGCUCACCCUGGUGGAGCACCCCACCACUGUGCUCCAGCCGAUCCCAGCUAUGAAGAUCAAGCCUGCUCUGACCAUUGAGCUCAAGUUAGUAGUGGGGCUUACUACACCCGCUCCUGCCAUGGAGUCUCAGCUCGCCACUCCCACCGCUGUGCUUCAUCCAGCUCCUGCUAUGGAGUCUCAACUGGUUCAACCCUCGGGGAGCACCCCACCGUGCUCCAACAUGCUACUGCCGCAAACUCAACUGGUUCUGGACCCAAUAUCAAUCCACACCUCCCUGCCUGAUCGGGAGCAGGAAGACCUACAGCUUUAUCCGUGGAUAGAGGAGCUACCUUAGCUGACCCUGUGAGAGCACCCUACCACUGUGCUCUAAACCGAUGCCUCCGAAUGUCAGCUGGUCCAUACUGUGGGAGUCCAGCUUGCAGCCAUUGUAGGUGACAAGUCCAGCCCUGCCCCUCAGACCUCUCCGGUCCAUGUCUGGUGGGAACCGCCUAGUCCAGCCUGCUGCUGUCCAAAGACGCCCUGGGAGUCCCCUCCAGUCUCUACAGUCCAUGUCUACUGUCCAGGCCCUGUCAGCCCCUGCCAGGUGGGACCUACCUGUCGCAGUCUUGGGGUUUAGGCUAGACCCUCUGAACUGUGUCCCGCUAGUUCCAGCCUUGGGAGACCCUCCUGAUGUCCCCGUGGUGGACCCACCUCACCGAGGUGUUCAGUAUCCGGUCGUAGGUGACACCUCACCCUCUUUCCUACUCAGUCUAUAGUCUAUAGUCCCAGUAGGUCCAGAGCAUCUUAGCCCUCAGUUCCCUGAUCACCUAGUGUCUUCAGUCACCUACUAUGCUAGGUCUCCAGUUGUCUAUCCCAAUAGGCCCAGAGCUUUCCGUCCUGAUAACCCUAAUAUCCCCUAGCUCACAGUCUGUAGCCCAAUCAGGCCUAGGCUACCUGCCCGGGGAGGUAGGUUGUCCUAGUGGUUAGAGCGUUGGGCCUGUAACCAAAAGGAUGCUAGAUUGUAUCCCCGGUAAAAAUCUGUCGUUCUGCCUCUGAACAAGGCAAUUAACCCACUGUUCCUAGGUCGUCAUUGUAAAUAAUAAUUUGUUCUUAAGUGACUUGCCUAGUUAGAUACAAAAAUCAGGCUCCAAGUCACUAGCUCUGUCAGGCCACAUGUGGUCACAAUAUAUGUGUCUGAUAUUUUAUUGUGCAUGCAUCUAAAAAUAGCUCGCUCGCUCUCCCGCUCGUGUUAGCGCUAACAUUAGCAUUUCCAUUCAGAAUUAAUUAGUAUUUAGCAUGCCUGUUAGUGAUUAGCCGUUUGUUAGCAUUUCUCACUUGUGGUGUUAGCAUUUCUCACUUGUGGUGCUAGGCUAAUUUCUGUGUAUAUCUCUCAUGCUAACCUUUUACUACAGUGGGCUAAAUCAGGGUCACAGUGUUUCUUGGUAGUGUUGAUAAUGAGAUAUUGGAGAAGAGAGAGUCAGUCAAGGAUGGAUUCGGACCAGGUGGUAGAUUGUAUGACAAGCGGCAGUUUAUUCAGAGUAAAGAUAUCUGGUACAAGCGUGCAUGGACUCGUUCAUUCAGCUCGUAAGGAACCUGCAGACAGAGCCCCGAAACAGUGCAAAUGUAUUUUAUACAGGUAAUAGUAGUCUUAAACAAAUCUACUUCGAAACAAAAGUAUACAGCCCACACACGUGGUUAUUGGCUUUAAAAAAAGUUACCUGUUCCAUGUCAAAUAUCGAGUUGAAAUGUUUUACAUUUUGAGUUUGCAUCCCAAAAUAUUACACUAUAUACAUAACAGUAGAGAAAUAUAACAACUGUUUGACACAAACAUCCAAUUUUGAAAAAUAUGAAUAAAAAAUAUUAACAUUCCACCAAUGAGGCAACUAAAGGGCGAUUUGGCCAUUUGACUGCAGGAAAGGUGUACUGACAAUAUUGCACUGUUUAUAUUAGUAUAUUUACUAAGUUUAGUUUUACCUCUGUUUUCAGAACCGCAAUCCUUGUCAGACACAAUUAUGGUUGCAAAAUUACAGUAACUUUCCAGAAAAUUCCCAAGUCUUCCAGAAAUCCAAGUUGUAGGAUUUUCGUAUUUUCUUCUGAUUCUGGAAAUCUUUCAACCUGGAUUUCUGGAAAAACCUAGACAUUUUGGGAAAGUUAUUGGAAUUUUGCAACCCGAGACACAAUUACUGUCAGUGGUGUUGGGUGUGGGUGGAUCAUUUAUUUCACCCCCUGAAACUGAAAUACUGGUUCCUUUUGUUCUGGAAGGACACCCUGUGGUGGUUGCUACCGGCUUUAAACCAGCACCCACGUAUUUUAAACAAUGCUUUGAUUCUACAACCUAGACAUUUUUCAGAUCCUAUUGGGACAAACAUUAUCCAAAAGAAACCUCAAAUGCAUCCAUCAAGUUUGUAGUGUCACAAGCUUGAUGUAGAAUAUGCAACCAAAUACCAAACUGAAUACUUUUUACACACUAUGGGCCGGUUUCAGACAAGGCUUAAGCCUAGUCCCUGACUAAAAUGCCUGUUUGAGCGGUCUUAACUCAAAAGCCACUUGCACAGACUUAUUUUAAAAUAGUCGUAGAUUUAGCCUGUUCUGGAUUAAACAAAGCCGAUUGCAAGAGGGAGGAUUAGAGCUACACUUGGACUAAAUUGCAGUUCAAAUGAAUCCUUCAAAGAGGCAGAUUUAACUUCUGCUUAGUACUGUGUGAGGGAGCAUGGACUAUUUGGAAUGUCUAAAUGAAGACCAACCUGCACUACAGAGGCCAGCGAGACGAGUACUUGCGGAUAGGAGUAAUCCAUUAAACUACUUUGAAAUAGCUUUGAGACCUCUUUCGUAUGUAGAAAUAAAAUGCAUUGGAGAUAUCUUUGCUUGAGCCUAGACUUUCCUCUCGGUCUCAAAGAGGAAGGCCUUUACCCAAUUCUCUCCAGGUUCUGAUCACUGAGGUUUUUGGCAUCUGGAAUCUUUCAUCGUGAAACUGUUGAUUUGUGUGGUGCCAGUGAAGCAACUGUGUAGAAUAGUUCAAAGUCUGCUGGGACAUUUGUGAACUGAGGAGUCCUCACAUCAAGUUUCCUGAUGUUGCUGGCCAAGCCAACUAUAAAGUGCAAUUCUAUGAAUAUGGGCACUUCCCAGGAGUGAUUGGCUGUACAGAUGGAUGUCACGUUCCCAUCAAGUGUCCAUCAACUCCUGAUGUUGAGUACAGUAACCGUAAGAACUGGUUUUUCAUCAAUGUUCAGGGUGUAUGCACACCUAAUGUAGAGUUUUCAAACAUUGUUGCCCGUUGGAAAGAUGCAGCGCUUCUUUGUGUGCUCAGCUUCAGAGAGGACAACAUAGUGGACUACUACUUGGUGACAGUGGAUAUGGUCAGAGUAACUUUUUAUUAUUACCAUACAUAAAUCCCACAACCGCUGAGCAGCAAAGACACAACUAGGCUCAACUACCUGAAGCAGCAUUGUUAUCCUGAUCGCUCGAAUGGAAGAUCAGGAUCAAGCAGAUGUGUCCAUGGCUGAGACAGGCAAUGACCAACGAGGAAUUGCACACAGAGUUGCUUUCACAUUGCAGCACUUCAACUAGAUGAGAUGCAUUUAAAUAUGGAAUGUAUUCAUUAUUGCUUAUUUUCACUUUGAUAAUGUUUGUUCUGUACAAAAUUAAAAUAGUGUGCAACAAAAUUUAAAUGAGUGACUAAACCAAGGCUUGUUUAAAAUGUAGUUUCUGGUGAUCAAUAAAACUCACUCAUGAAUAUCCAAACGAUGAGACAUUUGCUUUUUACAUGUCAUAUUGUUCACCAUGGCUGGUCAUCACAAUUGUCUCGUUAUUGUCUCGCUCUUCCAACUUCGUAUCGAAUUCAACAUCUAGAAUUCUCAUCUUCAUUUCAUGUUCUUCCUUCAGAUAUUUCAUUUUCAUGAAAAUCUCUGGUUAAUCCCAGGUGUUCUCAUUUAGGCUUACUUACCUUACUCCAGGACUCCAUAGUCUUCUACUAUCUACGCCAAAUUUAAGCCACGUUCAUGAAAGCUACUUAAUGUCACACCCUGAUCAGUUUCACCUGUCCUUGUUAUUGUCUCCACCCCCUCCAGGUGUUGCUUGUUAUCCCUGGUGUAUAUAUCCCUGUGUUAUCUUUCCCUCUGUGCCAGUUUGUCUUGUAUGUUCCAAGUCAACCAGUGGGUUUCCUGUGCGCCUGCCUGUUUCUAUUAUCUUUUACUAGGCCUCCUAGUUUUGACCCUUACCUGUUUUCUGGACUCUGUACCCGCCUGCCCUGACCUUGAGCCUGCUUGCAGCGCUGUACCUCUUGGACUCUGAACUGGUUUUGACCUAUUAUCUGUCCACGACCAUUCUCUUGCCUACCCCUUUUGGAUACAACAAAUAUCAGACUCAAACCAUCUGCCUCCUGUAUCUGCAUCUGGGUCUCGCCUCGUGCCUUUAUAUUAAACAUUCUCUCUAAUGUAAAAGGCUGGAAUGUGGAGCCAAAUAAAACCAUUUAACUUCACUUUCCAAUAACAUAUGGAGGGAAGUGUAGAUCAUGUUUUUCAAUAUUCGUUUUCCUUCAAAUCUCAGGGUUGGGCCCUGGGGAGAAUAUCUGAGACUUUACAGUCAGGUAAUGGCUUUGACUAUCCACUGACUGGAGGGGAAGAAACUGAGGAGGGCUUCGGCCAUGAGGAUGCUGCCAUUGUCUCUCAGCCUAAGUAUCCUGCUAGUCUUCCAGUUCUGAAGUUUCCAAAGCCUUUGGUAGGUCUGGUGAGAAGGAAAAGGGAUUGGGUCAUUCCUCCCAUCAACUUCCCAGAGAACGACAGAGGCCCUUUCCCCAAGAAUAUGGUGCAGAUAAGGUCCAACUAUGAUAAAGAGGUGAAGAUACUGUACAGCAUCACUGGUCCUGGAGCAGAUCUACCCCCUGUGGGACUGUUCACUGUGGACAAAAACUCUGGGAUUCUCUAUGUGACCCAGCCUUUGGACAGAGAGAGACAAGACCAUUAUGUGCUUGUGGCUCAUGCUGUUGCAGUUGGUGCGGGUACAGCAGAAGAACCCAUGGAGAUUAUUGUUAAAGUAAUUGAUAUGAAUGACAACAAGCCGGUUUUCACUCUAGUUACUUUUACAGGGACUGUCCCUGAAGCAUCCCUACCAGGCUCUGAGGUGAUGCAGGUCACAGCCACCGAUGCAGAUGAGCCUGGCUCAGCCAAUUCUGAUGUCAUAUACACUAUUAUAAAUCAGGAACCUGAACUGCCGAGUGGCAACAUGUUUGUCAUCAACCCUGUCACAGGAGGGAUUCAGGUCAAUGCUGCUGGACUGGACAGAGAGAAAAUUCCAAAAUAUACAUUGGAAAUCCAAGCUGCUGAUAUGGAGGGCAAUGGUCUGACAUGUUUUGGAAAAUCCAUAAUUACUGUAACGGACAGCAAUGACAUAGCUCCUCAAUUUGAGAAGUCUUUGAACACGGUGUCUGUCCGGGAGAAUAAAGUGAAUGCCCUGGUGGUCAAAAUGCCAGUGAGUGAUGGAGAUGAGCCACACUCUUCCAACUGGGCCACCAAGUACAGGAUUGUAGAUGGAGACCCAGGUGGAAUGUUCACUGUAAGCACUGGACCUAGUAGACUGGAAGGAAUCAUUACCACAGCCAAGCACCUUGACUUUGAGAAGAACAAUUACUACACCCUGUUGGUGACUGUGGAGAAUGAGGUCCCAUUUGCCACCCCCCUGCCCACCUCCACUGCCACAGUCCAGCUGAAUGUGGAGGAUAGGAAUGAUGUCCCUGUCUUUGACCCAGUGGAAAAGGUUGUUUCUAUAUCUGAACACCUGCCAGUGGACAGUGAUUUGGUUUUGUAUACAGCCAUUGAUCCAGACAUCAUGGCACAUAAAUUAAUGUAUCGCAUGGACAGAGAUCCUGCUAAAUGGCUGGACAUCAACAGUGUGACCGGAAUGAUCAAAACCAAACACUCCCUGGACAGAGAAUCUCCCUUUGUCAAAGAUGGCAAAUACAGAGUUCUCAUUCUCGCCAUCGAAGAUGAAAUCCCUGCAACUGGAACUGGAACCAUUCUGAUAGAGCUGGAAGAUGUCAACGACAAUGCUCCGACUAUUGAUGACACCCCGUUGAAGCUCUGCAACCAAGACCCCCGUCUAGUGCGUUUGGCUGUGACAGACAGAGACGGGCCAGGCUUUGCUGAACCCUUCAGAGUAGAACUUCUGGAAGAAAACAAUAUGUAUUGCACUGCCCAAAUGAACGAAACAGGAACUGUGGUUGAAUUGACAUUCAAGGCCAUGAGGGAGCAGAGAAACUUCUACAUUAAUCUGAGGGUCACUGAUGCUGGCGGGCUGAACCAAGACCAUGUCAUUCAUGUAACCAUGAACGAGGACAGCUGCAUGACCUGGGGGGAUUUCUGUGUUAGAUCCUGACAUUUCAUUAGCAUUUUUAUAGCUUGCAGAAAAGGUUGCUUGUUUUUAUUUCCAUGGAGAACAUGAUCAUUUGCAUGCUUGCUGAGAGCUUUGUACAUGUUUCUAAUUUAACUUGAAUAAAG